CUAACUAUAAAUACUCCACAUAUUUGUCUAACUUUGUUAAACUCACACCCCUUUAUUCUUCUCUCUCUUUUCCUUCUUUUCUCUUAAACUACAACAAAGAAAAAAGAUAAAAAAACACAGUCACACUCUAAUUAAGCUGUAGCUACUACUAUGGAGUACUCAACAAGUGAUACAACUGCAACCACCAUUACUACUUCUUCUUCUUCACCUAAAUCAUCUUCUCGCUCAGUUUCACCUACUUCUUCAUCUUCUCCGCCGCGGCCACCGACUACACCUCCGCCGCCAACUCAGCCGCCGGUGGCGGUGGUUGUCAGCCCUUGUGCUGCAUGUAAGAUACUCAGGCGGAGGUGUGCUGAGAAAUGUGUCUUGGCACCUUAUUUUCCUCCCAAUGAUCCCAUCAAGUUUACCACUGCUCAUCGUGUUUUCGGGGCCAGUAAUAUUAUCAAGUUCUUACAGGAAUUGCCUGAAUCUCAAAGGGCUGAUGCAGUGAGCAGCAUGGUUUAUGAAGCAAAUGCAAGGUUGAGGGAUCCAGUGUAUGGAAGUGCAGGAGCAAUAUGUCAACUCCAGAAGCAAGUGAAUGAACUCCAAGCCCAAUUGGCAAAAGCACAAGCUGAAAUUAUCAACAUGCAAUGCCAACAAGCCAAUCUCAUGGCCCUCAUUUGCAUGGAAAUGGCACAAACACCACAACAAUUGCCUGCUUCUCCUUCUUCAAUUUCAUCCAUGCAAAUUGACACCAAUAAUUUCAUCAUCAAUGGUACCCAACAACAACAACUUGGACCUUCUUUCCAGACUACUUCUAACAAUAAUCUCAACUUUUUUGAUGACAAUCAUCCUGGAUCCUUGUGGGAGACUGCUCUUUGGACUUGAAUAUUGAUCAAAUGUACUACCCACUUCCACACAACUAAGCCGGCGGGUCGAAAUAUAAUUUACUCUUUCGACUCAUAUUAAUAGUCCACGUUAUUGAACUAUUUUAGUUCAGUAAAAGUGGAAGUUAUUAUGAGACGGAAGGAGUAAAUCUCUUUCUCUGAUCAAGUUUAAUUAUUAAUUCUCCAAAAAAAAUCAUUAGAUUUCUAAAGCUAAAGCUAGCCAGUGAUCAUGACUAGAGCUGAGUAGGAGAUCAAUCGAGGUCAAUGAGGAAAUUCAAUUUGUACGAAUAAAUAUUUUUAUGGUUUUAAUUGUAACCUUCAUGAUAUAAAGAAUGUAACAUAGUACUAGUACUCCAUGUAACGAUAUAUCAAAUGGCAGGAAAAAAGAAGCCAAUUGAGAGUUAGUUAGUUAAAUUUCUGAUUAUAUACAAUCAUUUUGAUGAAUUAUAGCA